AUGUGGUAUGGAGAACGUUUGAACAAACGCCGGAAUGCUAAGAUUCCUACAUUUUCACUAUGCUGUAUGCAAGGCCAAGUGCAAUUGCCGAUGCUGAAAGAACCACCAAGUGUUCUAAAAAAGUUGAUGGAAGGUGAUGAUUCAGAAAGCAAGCAUUUCCAGAAGAAUAUGAGACCUUAUAACAUGAUUUUUUCAUUUACUUCACUUGGUGGGAAAGUAGAGAGAUCUGUUCAAAAGGGAAAAGGACCACCCAUGUUGGUUCUACAAGGAGAAAAUUAUCAUCUAAUGGGUAUUUUAACUCCUAAUAAUGACAGCCAAGCAAAGUUCGGACAGCUUUACAUAGCUGACACAGAAAAUGAAGUUGAAAACAGAGCAAAUUGUCUGAGCUCUGGUAAAAGCGGUUUCAAUUCCAAAAAGAAGGAUAAUCUGAGGAAAGGCAUUAUUGAGAAAUUGAUGAAGAUGUUGGAUGAAGUGAAUCCAUAUGUCAAAAAGUUCAGAACUGCGAGAGAUCGGUUUCAUAUUGCACCAGAGGAUUCUUUUCAUAUGAGGAUUGUAAGUGAUCGAUCUAAGGAUGGGAGAACAUAUAAUACUCCGACAGCCUCAGAAGUUGCUGCGCUCAUUCCAGGAGAUUUCAAUCUAGAUAUGGAUAAAAGGGAUAUUGUUCUACAACAGAAAUCAGGAAACCUACUGCGAAUAAACGAGAUACAUGCUUCUUAUCUUGCCCUUCAAUAUCCUCUGUUAUUUACUUAUGGAGAAGAUGGAUUCAGACUUGGUAUUAAGAAGGGUGUAACAAAAGCUACAAAGAAGCAAAAGAAGCCUAAUAUCAGUAUGCGACAAUUCUUUGCUUUCCGCCUUCAUGAACGUAAGAAUGAGUCUCACUCUCUGUUGCAUUCGAGAAGACUAUUUCAGCAUUUCUUGGUGGAUGCCUACACUACUAUAGAGUCUAAUCGCCUACGCUAUCUUAGAUUUAAUCAACCUACUUUGCGAUCAGAUACUUAUGACUCUAUCAAAGAGUCUGAGAAUGCAGGAAAGGUUGAUAUGAGUGAUCAAGGAUCAGAGUUCGUCUUACCAGCUACUUUCACUGGAAGUCCUAGAUAUAUGAAGAAUCUUUACUUGGAUGCUAUGACCGUAUCGAUGUACACGGUCGAGUUCCAGAAACGUAGCUUACCACACGCACACAUUCUCUUAUUUAUGGAUCCUUCGCACAAGUUUCCUACAACCGAUCACAUUGACAAUAUCAUUUAUGCGGAGAUUCCUGAUAAACUCGAAGAACCUGAACUUUAUGAAGUUAUUAAAGAUAUGAUGAUUCAUGGUCCUUGUGGAGCAGCUAAUAAGAAUUCUCCAUGUAUGGAGAAUGCUGGAUCUAUCAAGUACUUAUUCAAGUACAUUAAUAAGGGACAAGAUCGUGUGACUAUUGCUGUGGAACCGCCAGAUCACAUUGUUGCUAACGAGUUGGGGAAUGAAGACAUUACUGUGGAAAAGAUGGAAAAGAAAAGAAACGAACUGAAGGACUUUUUCGAUUGCAGAUAUGUGUCUUCUUGUGAAUCAGCUUGGCGAAUCUUCAAAUUUCCUAUUCACUAUCGAUCAACUGCUGUUGAGAAGCUUAGUUUUCAUCUACCAGGAAAACAAGUGGUUACUUUUAAAGGAAAGGACAAGCUGAAAAAAGUGAUCAGUCAUAAGCUCAUUGAAAAGACAAUGUUCUUGGCAUGGUUCGAGUUGAAUAAAAUCGAUGAGUUUGCAAGAACACUAACUUAUGCCCAGAUUCCUAUCUACUAUCACUACAAGAAAACGUAA